CUCUGUUCCCAUUGCACAGGAUGUUCGAGUUGAGCUGCACUCUGCCCCUGGAGAAGGACCUGAAGGUCACACUCUACGACUACGACCUCCUGUCCAAGGAUGAGAAGAUUGGGGAGACCAUCAUCGACCUGGAGAACCGGUUCCUGUCGAAAUACGGGGCACGCUGUGGGCUUCCCCAGACCUACUGCGUUUCUGGACCCAACCAGUGGCGAGAUCAGCUCCGUCCCUCCCAGCUGCUCCACCUCUUCUCCCUGCAGCACCACUGCAAGGCUCCCACCUACAUGUCCGACCGGCUCAUCUUCCGGGAGCAGGAGUACAUCCUCUCCGAGCUGGAGGAUGGCAAACCCUACAACCCUCACCUGGGGCCAGCGGAGGAGCGGCUGGCCCUGCAUGCGCUGCGGAAACAAGGGCUGGUGCCAGAGCACGUGGAGACCCGGCCCCUCUACAGCCCUCUGCAGCCAGAGAUCGAGCAGGGAAAGCUACAGAUGUGGGUGGACCUGUUUCCAAAAUCCUUGGGUCAGCCUGGCCCCCCUUUCAACAUCACACCACGCAAAGCCAAGAGGUUCUACUUGCGCUGCAUCAUCUGGAACACCAAGGAUGUCAUCCUCGAUGACCUCAGCAUCACCGGGGAGAAGAUGAGUGACAUCUACGUCAAAGGCUGGCUGGUUGGCCACGAGGAGAACAAGCAGAAGACGGACGUGCACUACAGGUCGAUGGGAGGAGAAGGCAACUUCAACUGGAGAUUCAUCUUCCCCUUCGACUAUCUCCCUGCCGAGCAAAUGUGUUGCAUUGCAAAAAAGGAGCACUUCUGGAGCUUGGACAAGACAGAAAACAAGAUUUCACCGCAGCUGAUCUUCCAGAUCUGGGACAAUGACAAGUUCUCCUUCGAUGACUAUUUGGGCUCCAUCCAGAUGGAUCUCAACAGGAUGCCCAAGCCUGCCAAGACCGCCGAGAAGUGCUCCUUAGAGCUCAUAGAUGACAGCUUGUCUGCAAGCCGCUUCGUGUCCCUCUUUGAGCAGAAAACUGUCAAGGGCUGGUGGCCCUGCGUUGCAGAGCAGAAUGAGAAGAAGAUCCUGGCAGGAAAACUGGAAAUGACUUUGGAAAUUGUGGCUGAACACGAGCAUGAAGAGCGGCCAGCUGGAGUGGGUCGGGAUGAGCCAAACAUGAACCCCAAGCUGGAGGACCCCAAGCGCCCGGAGACCUCCUUCCUGUGGUUCACCUCCCCAUACAAGACCCUGAAGUACAUCCUGUGGCGCCGAUACAAGUGGCUGCUCAUCCUGGCCAUCGUGCUCUUCGUUUUGCUGCUCUUCCUUGGGAUCUUCAUCUACGCCUUCCCGAACUACGCUGCUAUGAAGCUGGUGAAACCUUUCAACUGAGUGCCUGGAUUUCAGCAGGAGGCUGCAGCCCAGGACGCAGCGACGUGCCUUUCCCCAGAGCAGUGUGCCACCUGCAGCCUCAGGAGCAGCGCCUAAACCAAACCUCCUCUGCAGCAGUUCUGAUUUGGCUUCCUUGUCCUCCUUCUGUUUCUUUUAAUUUUGGUCAGUGCUCGGAUGCAAAGCUGGCGAGGGUUGGGGAGAAAAGGACCUUUUUGUGGGCUGUCCAUGGCGGUGCUCAUGGAGGAGGGAUGGCUGCAAGGCAGCCACAGUCUCUCAGGUCCUGAGCGGGUUUUUCUUGGCCCUGCAGCAGCCUCCCUUUGCCUCUGCCGUGCGAUGUGCAUUCGUGCAUUCCUGCUUUUGAAGCCUGUCCUCCCUCCUCUGCGUUCCCACGUGCCCCACUGCCUUCCCAGCCAACGCUGCUGCAGCAGCAGAGGGCACGGAGCAGCCCAGGAGCAAUGCAGCGCAGUGGGGGCUUUGCUUCUCUCCUCCUGCUGUGUAACCCAGCAGCUCAGUGGCUGAUUGGUUUUCUCCUUUUGCUUAAGCCAAACAGUGCAACACCAGAGCACAGUGCACGCUGCUGCUGGCUGCUAGCAGGGCAGGCCUUUGGAAGCACAGCUGUUUGCUUUGUGCUUUGCAAGCAGGGUGUGAUUAGUGCACACCAUGCAGGUUUUGCACAGCCCUGAAGGUGUGAAUGGUGUUGCUGGGCCAUUGCUGCUUUCUGCUCCUCCUGCCCACGCUGCAAUCACUGAUGUGCACUGAGAAGGGGUUCUGCUGCUGCUCAGUGUGGCACGUGGGAGCAGACAGCAGAACGAGGUGAUCCCAGAGGAUCUGUUUCUCAGGACAAGCUGUGCUGGCGUUGGCUCCAGCGAGGCACUUAAGCCUGUUGUUAACAGCAGAUGGGGGGGAAAAGCACACGGCUAAUUGCUUUGCUGGCCAGGAUGUAAUGUAAAUCCUGUGCUGCUCGGUACUGUGACAGUGCCUGGAUUGCACAGGGCAGCUCUGCCACGUGUGAGGACAACCUUUCAGACACAGAGAAUGUACCCCAAAGCAGCUGGUGCUCAGGUGUGGAGGUUCCCCACCCCAGGAACCAUUUUGCCAGCAAAACGCUUCGGGUUUACCCAUGUUCACCUUUUUUCUUGAUCUCGUUCCCACUCGUGCUCCUGUAGCUACUGCUGACCUCCCAGCUGCUGGCCCAAGAUCAGGGGAUGCUGCUUCCCCUGAGGAACAGGCGAGCUGAAGGGGAAUGUUGGCUUUGCAGCUUCCUGGGUGAGUUACAGCUUGGCCAAGCGGUGCUGUCUGUGGUUGGUCCUCUUCCGCUGCAACCCAGCUUGCCUCGCUGCCUUCCCGCGUGCCUUGCUGUGCUAUGGGAAGCCAGGCCCCUUUCUUCAUCUCUUGCCCCAGUUUGCACAUUUGGUGAAGUUUCCCAUCUCAGUGACCCCCACCUGUUUCAGAAAUGGGAUCUCAGUGCUGAGAGCCCCAAAGAGACGAGCAGCCCAAAGCACUGCUCCUGUCCAACCACGGAUGGUUCUCAUCCAUCCAUCCUGUUGCUCCGACCAGAGAUGAGCAACCCUACCAAAAUAAUUCCACCUGUCACUUCCCCAGAGCCUCUUCCAUCACAAAAGCCUAUUUUAUUCCCUAGCAGUUCUUCCCUGGCAAACCAGAGUGGGUUGACAGUGAUGGAAAGGGAAAAGGCAGCAUCCCCACAUCCAAUCCUCUUCUUCCCAAUCUGGACUGCAGAGCUUUGUUUCAUCCGGGGGCUGUGGUGGGCAAAGGCAGUUCUGAGCACCUGCAAACAUCAGCCUGGUCUCGUUACCAAAGCCAGCCAAGAGGCCGGACCCAAGUACAGCCUUCUGCACUCUAUGCCUUAUAUAUAUAGAUAUAUAUAUAUGUAUCACUGUGGUUUACAAAUGAAAUAGCUCUGAAACCUUC